CGUCCGGGUUGCGGUUGCGCAGGGGCGAAGAACGGCGCUCCCUCCGGGGGACCGCAGCGCAGGCCGGGCUGCAGGCUUUCUGUCUGCCCGGCUGCAGCCUGGCUGAGUAGAGACAUGACUUCAUCGCCUCGAAACGCCUGCGUUUGUGUGUUUUUUCUGACUUACUGGAACUCAUGCAUUCUCCCAGGAAAUGCAGCAGCACUUCAGCUUCGUUCCUGGCUGGGAUGCCCGGUUCUGGUACCUGGUUGCAGCGCUGACUCAGACUCUUUCAGCUGGUUUUACAAGGAAAAUGAGCGCAGUAAAGAAACCCGGCUAUACCUUCAGGAUAAGACAGGAAUAAAACGCUUCGGUAACACUCUAAAAGGAGACGUUUUGGCAAAUCGCUCCCUGUUCUUCAGUAAGUUCACUGAGAAAGAUGAAGGCAUAUACUGGUGUCAAAACUGUCAUCAAGACAGCUGCAAAUCUACCAGCAUCAUCAAUGUGCAGAGAGAAAUUAUGGAUGAAAUUCAAAAAACAAUUUACAUCCUUUCAGGCAGCUAUUUCACCCAGACAUGCCCAGGUGAAUUUUCUACCUUUAAAUGGACCUUUGAAGCCAGUAAUAAGACCCAAAAUAAAUUAGAAAGAAGGUCAGAAGCUGUCACUGUGACCACGAACAAGAGCCUGUAUACUGGACCUGUCCAAAACACAGAUGCUGGGUAUUACACCUGCUGGGCGAGCCGCUGUGAUGGUCCGAGUCAAAAAGUCCUCACCAUCAACUUAUGUGUCAUCACAGUUUACCAAAGGCUGGAUUCUCCUCUUUCUUGUGCUGCGACAUGCGAUGUGGACUUAAAUGAUCUAACAGAUAGUUCAAGUCUUCUGAUAAGCAAUCGGACAUUAUCAGUGGACAGAGAUCCAUCUGGGUCCUUAAUCUGUAAUUUGUCUGAGAUCUUGGAUGAGCACCUAACAACUACUAACAGCUACACAUCAUCAGUUGCUUUAAGCCCAACAAUGGGUGGGUAUUUUUCUUUUACAGAUUUUAACAUGUUUGUUGGUACCCCUGUUGAGCAUGGAUAAAAAGCCCUUUGAUAAAUGAAUCUCUUAUUACUGUAGCGUUAGCUAAUAGUAAAACCUUUUCAAAAUCUACCUUUGAUUUGAGUGCAUUUACGCAAUUUGAAAGAAAAAAAUCCUGUUAAGAAAUAAUUAUUU